AUGACAAAUGAAAUUAACAUUAAGCUAAUGAUAGAGUGUGCCCGGAACUCCAACAAUGAUAUCACUCGCAACCAUGUAUUUUCUGUUCUUGCUGCUAUUGCUAGAGCUUUUACAGAAGAAGUUUUGGAGCAUAUACUUGAUAUUCUAGCAGUUAUUGGAGAAGCAGCUGUCACACAGAUUGACAAUCAUUCGAAGCAUGUUUUUGAGGAUCUUAUAUCUGCAAUUGUUCCUUGUUGGUUGUCUAAGACAGAUGAUGUGGAGAAAUUACUGCAGAUUUUCAUGGAUAUAUUUCCUGAAAUUGUUGACCAUAGAAGGCUGUCAUUUGUGUUGUAUCUAUUAAGGACUUUGGGUGAGCGGAAAAGCUUACCGUCAUUGCUUAUCCUACUGUUCCGUUCCUUAAUUUCAAGGAAAGCCACUUGUUUCCUUAAUGUUGAGACCGCAGAUGAUUUAAAAUUGUAUACUGGAGAGUGGGAAUAUAAAUGUGCAGUUCAAAUUUGUGAACAAUUUUCAAGUAUGAUUUGCCUUCCUUCUUUAGUCAUGCUGCUUGAACAGUGGCGAAAUAGAGAUGUUGACCAGACACUGUUGUUGGAAUUGUUUCUCGUAAUGCAAUUUUCAUUGCAAAAGUUGCAAGAUCCGGAGUUUGUGUUUAUGUUGGAAUCAGGAGAAGAUGUCACUGUCAUUCAGUGUGAUGGCAAUGCCAUUGGUGUUGUAUACUUAUAUUUGUUUCAUGAUGAGAUGCUGUUUUUGUUUUCAUAUUGUGAUGGCAAUGGCAUUAGUGGUGCAUUGGGUGAGCUUAUGGAGCAGGUUGUUUUAUUCUUGCAACUUGUAGAUGCAAGAAAAAAGCAUCUUAACUUCCCUGCAAUUAUGAGGAGAGAGUUGAAUGAAACUAUGCGUGCUGUUGUGAGGAAUCUAACAGCAGUCAUGAUACCCUAUGUGUACUUUAGCAGCAUAAUUAAAUUGCUCCGCUACACAGAUGAUAAUGUUGGGAAGAAGGCUCUUGGGCUGUUUUGUGAGGCUGCAAGAAGUCAUAAAAAUGUGAGUAAACAUUAUAGGUCAACUCCAAGUUCUCAUUUGCUUCCUAUGAACAAAACUUCUCAAGAAUCGCUUAAUAAACUGUGUGUUGAAAUUAUGCGAGUACUUGAUGGUUCAUCAAAUACCUCCUUGAAAGUGGCAGCAGUUUCAGCAUUAGAAGUUGUGGCUGAAAUAUUCCCAUCGAAUAAUAAUAUCUUCAGUCUGUGCCUUGGAUCGGUUACAAGAUAUAUUGCAUCUCAUAACUUGGCUGUGACUUCUAGCUGCCUCAGAACAACUGCUGCCCUGAUCAAUGUUCUAGGUCCAAAAGCACUGUCAGAACUUCCCAAAAUUAUGGACAGUCUGAUGAAGUCAUCUCGUCAACUAUUGUCUAGUUUGGAUAUGAAACCCAAAACCAAUGAUGUUUUAUCUGCCUCAAAUGAAACACGUGUUUGUGUUCUCAUCACUUUGGAGGCAGUUUUGGACAAGCUUGGUGCAUUUCUAAAUCCGUACCUCGCAAAUAUCAUGGAGCUUCUGGUGCUUCACCCUGAAUAUGUUUCAGGAAUGGAUGCAAAGGUGGAAUCUAGAGCUCAUGGGGCACGAAAGCUUCUUGCUGAAAAAAUUCCUGUUCGACUUGCCCUGCCACCUUUGUUAAAAUUGUACCCAGCUGCCAUUGAGGCUGGGGAUAAAAGCUUAAUUGUUGUAUUUGAUAUGUUGGCAAACAUAAUUAGUACAAUGGACAGAUCAUCCAUUGUAGCAUUUCAUGGAAAGGUAUUUGAUCUUUGUUUGGUUGCUCUUGAUCUGCGUCGACAAAGCCCUACUUCAGUUGAAAACAUUGAUGUAGUUGAGAAAGUUGUGCAUAACACAAUGACUGUUUUGACACUAAAACUUACUGAGAGCAUGUUCAAGCCUCUUCUCAUAAAGAGUAUUGAGUGGGUAGAAUCUGAAGUACAUGAAACUUCAUUUACCGGAAGCAUUGAUAGGGCCAUAUCUUUCUAUGGCAUGGUAAAUAAGCUUAUAGAGAACCAUCGGUCAUUGUUUGUUCCUUACUUCAAACACUUGCUUGGUGGUUGUGUUUAUCAUCUUAGUGAUGGGGGAGCUGGGAAAGUGUCUAGUGUGAGUUUGAAGAAAAAGGCCAGGAUUCUGGAUGAUUGCAAUAUAAAAGAAACAGGCAGUGUGUCUAUAAAGGGCUGGCAUCUCAGGGCACUAAUCUUGUCAUCUUUACACAAGUGUUUCCUGUAUGACACUGGGACCUUGAAGUUUCUGGACUCGUCAAAUUUCCAGGCAAAUUUUGUUGAGACCUAUUGUCUCACAACUUGUUAUAGAUCCACCGAAUAUGAUGGAUGA